AUGAGCCAACCGCUCGACGAUGUCGUGGCUGGCAUGCCCAGCGCGCUUAUACACGCACAGAAGCCUCCUCCAGCCAACAUCGUGGACGAUGAGGCUAGAUUCGAAAUUACUAGCCACCCUCCCCUGACCCAGGUGACCAAAAUCCCUGAGACUCCCGGACAGGUGGACGUCGUGGUCGGGUUGCAGGUGCAUCAGAGCAGAGCCCACGAUAAGUGGCAGGUCGCCGUUUCGACCUCUGCUCUUCAUUCCUCGGGAUGGAUUGACUCUGUUAUAGCCUCAAAUAGUGCAGAGAAUACACCCAUCUACUUCCAGGCUUCGGAUGACGAGUCGUUCCACAAGCUGCAUUUUACUGUGUCUAUAUCAGUCGAGUCUGCCAUACGUUUCACGCUCAAGUUCCGCGAAUCACCUGACCAGCCAUGGCGAUUCGUCCGGGAUGAACUACAGCUGGACGACGGCAUCAUCAUACCCGACCACCCUGACAGUCUGCCUGAUGACAUCCAUGAUGUUAUCGAGGGUAUGAGUCGACAUGUGACCAUCAGACAGGCGGUGAGCCAGUCUCCGGCCACAUGCCUGUGGCAGUUGGAUGCUCCCAUCACAGGAGUUGGAAGCAGUGACGAAUCUGCCUUGUCCGAAGUAGAAUUGGGUUUUCCGUGGGGAAGACACUUACUGAGAUGGUUCGCCCUCGCCCGCACUUGGGCUCCGUGGAUCGGACCAUGCCAUGGGAAGACCAGGUUCAACCUUGACAAGGAUUCUGUAAUGUGCUCAUUCCUGAAUGAUCAGGGCAAGCACUGCGUCCUUCUAGCUGUGACAGGUACCGAUCACGUCCUCACAGGACUGCGCAGCAAUGAUGGUGGAAAAGUGGUUCUCCGUAUGCGUAGUGACAAUGUUGCGGAAACCACUGCCAAAGUCAUUGUGGCAGUCGGAGAGACGUUCGAUAAUGCCAGCGCCGCAUGUGUCUAUCAUGCACGAGGGUUGCUACAACUAGAACUAGGAGAACAACAGAAAAGUAGCCCAGAAGGGCCAAAGCAAAUCGAGAACUUGGCUGCAGACGUGCAGCCAGAAUGGAUGGAAAACUGGUAUGACGGGCUUGGCUAUUGUACCUGGAACGCCCUGGGGCAGCGUCUAAGUGAGGAGAAGAUACUCGACGCUCUCAACACCCUUACCGAAAACGAAAUCAUGAUAACCAACUUGAUCAUCGACGACAACUGGCAAGACAUCUCUCGUACAGGAGACGGUCAGUUCCAGUACGGGUGGAACGGUUUCGAGGCCGAGCCAGAUGCAUUCCCCUAUGGACUCAAGGCAACGGUCUCGUCGAUAAGAUCGAAGCACAAGCACAUCCAGCACGUGGCGGUAUGGCAUGCUUUACUGGGCUACUGGGGUGGUGUUACACCGGGAGGACCCAUCGCCAACUCGUACAAAACCGUAGAGGUCGUGCGCGAGGAAGCAAAGCGUCGCGGAUUUCCCCUCGGUGGCCCCAUGACGGUGGUCGCCAAGGAAGACGUCAACCGCUUCUACGACGACUUCUACCGCUUUCUUGCGUCGAGCGGUGUCGACGGCGUCAAGACGGACGCACAGUUCGUAGUAGACAUGUGGAUCGGAGCGAGCGCACGUCGUGAGCUGUCCAACGCGUACCUAGACGCCUGGACCAUCGCCUCGCUGCGCCACUUCAGCAACAGGGCCAUUUCGUGCAUGUCCAUGACGCCGCACAUCAUGUUCCACUCCCAGCUUCCCCGGAAAAGACCGGCCAUCCCGCUGCGCAAUUCAGACGACUUCACCCCGGCCAUCCCGGCGUCGCACCCGUGGCACGUCUGGACCAACGCCCACAACGGCCUCCUCACCCAGUACUUCAAUAUCCUGCCGGACUGGGACAUGUUCCAGACCUCGCACGACUACUCGGGCUUCCAUGCCGCGGCGAGGUGCGUCAGCGGCGGUCCCAUCUACAUAACCGACGUCCCAGGGGAGCACAACAAGGCUUUAAUCUCGGAGAUGACCGGAGUCACACCCCGAGGCAAGACGGUCAUCUUCAGAACCAGCGCCCACGGCAAGAGCAUCGACCAGUAUGUCGGCUACACGGACGACGCCCUCCUCAAGAUCGGCACCUACCACGGCGGCGCCAACUCGGGCACUUCCAUGCUUGGCAUCUUCAACGUCGCCCUGCGCCCGCUCACCGACAUGAUACCCCUGAACAGAUUCCCCGGCACGAGGCCGCAAGGGAAAUACGUGGUGAGAUCGCACGGCAGCGGACUGGUGUCUCCGCCGAUCGAGCCGGGAACCCCGGCGUCGAUGCUUGCCGUCAGCCUUGGGGUCAGGGGCUACGACAUCCUUUCGGCCUUUCCCCUGUCGCGCUUCACGUCGCGCUCGGGCGUUGAUGUGCACCUUGCCAACCUCGGCCUGCUGGGUAAGAUGGCUGGGGCUGCGGCCGUGGUCUUGAGUGAUAUACAGCAGACUGAGGGUAACGGGCGCGUUCUUGUCCAUACACGAGUCAAAGCUCUUGGGGUUCUUGGUAUCUACGUAUCCCGUCUCCCAGACAUGAGCAUCGCCCGCGACAUGUUCGCUACGAUCCACGGCUCGGUCAUGCCAGAGGAGACUGUGUCCGUUUCUAGCCAGGAUGAGCACGUGUUGGCUGUUGACCUUGAGGCUGCAUGGAAAAGCCUGGGACUGAAAUCUGGGUACAGCAACGAGGUCGAGCUCAAGUUUUAUAUUGGCCUGGGCAACAUUGACUCGGGGUCUAUUUGAGUUGUAUAGCAAUUUGACGUUUCUAUCUCACAAAAAAUAAAAAUAAAAAUCGGGGCCGUAUGCAAGUUUCUCACAAAGUGUUACCUGUAUUCUUCUUUCAAGGCCUUUAUUAGCUCCCUCCAAUGCCCAUAAGACUGGCAAAGUAUUCCCACUUCGCCUUUUCCUCACUAUCCACAUCCGAGUCCACUUCAGCCGGAGGUCUCCAUUCGUUGCCACACCAAUCGGUAUAGAACUGCCACUUUGCCUCGUCCUCGCUGUCCAUAUCCGAAUCCCCUUCGUCCUGAUAGUCGUCAUCGGCAACCUCCACGCAUCCAUUGUAUGGGUAAACCUCGGGCCCGUCGUACUUUCUGCGUGUCCAGGUGACCGUCCAAGUGUACAUGCGCAACCCACGUCCAAUAAGAGUCCGUUCUUCUACCACUUUAUACGACUGGCACCAAUCCGCGUCGUCGUGGCAUAGCACUCGUUCUGCUGCACAUUCGGUGCAUUUAUUUUCUGUAUGACCUUCGGCGCCGCGCCAGGAUAGCUUCCGGACGGGGUUGCCUUCGGCAGAAAGGUAAUGGUAGCCCGGGUGGUGCUUCGGGUUUAGGGGGAAGCGCCAUGUUUUGAUGACCACCUCCUCUAUCCAGGCUUCAUAUGGAAUGCGCUGGGUCUGGUCGCAGUGGAAAUCCAUGGUGAGG